AUACUCCCCCGAAAUCGGUGACCAAGGAGGCUGACGUAACGUUCGCCCUAACGGGGUGCUCCUUCGUGGACCUCUCGCCCCUUCGGGCGCCAAUUGGUCACUUUCCCAUUCCCGUAGGGGGCGAGUGCAGCGAAAAGGGAGGCGAAGACCGGCACCGAUUCCCCCAUCCCUGUCUCCGUCUUGCGUCUCUCUCCUUCCAACGACUAGGCCGCGUCUUCCUCUUUCUCCCUUUCUCCGUCUCUCUCCGUCCUCGCGCGGCCAGCCCUGAAAAGAGAGAGGGCAUUGCACAAAGUCGGCCGUCCCUCGGCCGGGCUCAGGCCGCGGCCCCUGCGCGGCGCAGCUUCCGAACCAAUGAACCGCCGCCGUCAAAUCGCAAUUUAAGUUCGACUUAUUACUCAUUAUUAUAAGUUCUAGCUUAGCCGUCGCCCCCCACCGCGCCGCCGGGCCGGCUAUAUAAGCUCCCGCCGGCGCGAAAGCGUCCUCACUCCAUAACGGCACCCGGUUUAUGUAUUAAGAGUCGAAUCGCUACCCCGAGUGCACGAUCGUCCAAACACGUGGUCGCGACCCUUGGGAUGUAACCAGAGGUGACACCGGCGAACGUCAGUUUUCGAAGCUUCGUCCCUCGUCGGCAUCCGCCACAGCCAUCCACGCGUCGAACGGACCCCGCGCGGCAUCGCUCAACCCUCGACCGCGGGACUUCUCUAUCGGCCGUCGAUUGGCGCCGCCUCCCGAGGACCUUGCUCCGUGAGACUUUUCGAGACCGACAGGCACGCUCCAGGUCAGCCGAGAAUGUCACAGGGCAUGCUCUUGGCCGUUCUCCUCGUUGCGCUGGCCCAUUUUUGGCACGCCGCCGUCACCGACUCGGCCGCGGUCGGGUCCACGAACCUCGAGGAACUACCCUUUGAGAUCCACCCGAGCAGCUUGAGGACGCAGCGGGACACCGAAAGCGCCGGGGAAAAUGCGAGUGCCAACUCGAGUGGUCUCACCAAAGUGGGGGAUGAAACCUCCAAACGCAACUGCGAGAACAUGGCUUGUGGAUGGGCCGUCUACCAGUCGAUCACCAGACGGGUCGUAUACUACAUGAGGAACACGUGUCAAUGCCCUGACAAGAGUUACAAGUGCGUGCGCAUAGACGACGACCUGUCCGCCAACGCAUAUGUCUAUCGAUGCCGUCAAAACAGCACAUUGGCCGACCUGGAGGCCUCCGAAGAUUCCAAUUGAGAGGGUCUCGGCGACUUUCCAUCCCUUUCCCUGGUCCUCUCCCGUUUUGCUCCUCUCUUCUCCCCGAAGAGUCCCAAAGUCUCCGCUCCGUGUUCGCCCGAGUCCUGCCGGUCUCUCGCCCUUCCGCGUUAAGAGAGUCGAAAAACGGGAAAGCGUCUCGCCGGAUCUCGAUGGGAUCCUAUUAUUUUUUUUUUUCUUCUGGAUCGAAAUCGCGCAGACUGGCCCCCGUUCCCGCGGUAUAACUUAAAAAAUAGCCAGGUAUUAAGCGACGGAGCAUCGAAAAUGGCCAAGUCUCGGGGGCUUGGAAGGCGCAGUCGUUUAAAAGCGGAUCUUAGGUGGUGCCACUUUCAAUGUAUCGAGUGGGAUCUGUCCGGCGGACCAGUUCGGGAUUUCACGGCGGGUUUUAAAAUAGAUACUCGAAGCAGCGGGGACGCGCGGUCGUCUUAACAGCCGAAGCGUCUUCGAGGAUGAUUUAUCCCGCGGGUUUACGAGACCCGGCGAGUGGACCACCCUGGGUAGCGAAUAAAACGGGCCUCGAUUCGGGCGAGACGAUUUCCCUACUCUUUCCGGAGUCGUCUGGGAAGGUUCGCGGCGUUGUGGCUCGCAGCCUCGGAGAGGCGCCGACCGCCAGUAACCAGGAAGUCUCGGUAGUAUUUGAUUAGGUUCGUUUCUCAUCGAGAUCCACCGCCGUCUUCAUUCCCUUUACCUUUCGCACCAGUUCAUGUACUUAAGAGCAGAAUCGUAGCGGAAUAACGUGCCAUGAUAUGUACCCCAUACACGCCACACACCCAUGCGUACACUCUUUUGGAAGAUAUAUAAUUCAUUAUUUAUGGCUUUGCAUAGAGAUUUUAACGGUUCAAAAGGGCACUCGCCCUGCAGAGAAGUUUCGCGUUCCGCUCCGAAUGCUGAGAAUUAUACGUCUUUUUCUAAGGCUGGCUCUGAUCCAUACUUCCUAAUACUACCUGAGUAAUGGAAUCUAACAGAUUGUAGCUCCAUUUAGUCGAUAAGAAAUAUGCGUCGCGGUCGUUGAUCGCACGCCGUAGACUUUAGAUAAAACUAACACGUAGUAAUUUGUAAUCAAAUGUAUUUGUAUACAGUAUUGCGCUUAACGACGGACUAUGUAAAAAAGAAAAAAAAGAGAGAGAGAAUUUAUCUCGCUGUCACCACACGCUGAACGAGAAAUAAAGGUAUUUUCCAGCUAAAACUCUUA